AUGCACACACUCUCCCGUGUACGAUUGACGCCCCUGGCCAUCCGAAGCCGGAGGUGCAUACGCCCUGGCAAACUCCGAUUCCCACACGCCCUCAAUGCCUUCGCCCGCCUCGCGACGACGUCCUCGAACUCUCGGAAACUUGAUCUGCCCGCCCUAGACAAGAAAUGGCAAGCGAAAUGGCAAACCGACGCGACUCUAACCCAAGUGAACCCCGAAAAGGGUGUCGAACCGAAGCCGCAAUCUUACAUCCUGUCGAUGUUUCCUUACCCGUCCGGUACGCUGCAUAUGGGCCAUCUGCGUGUAUACACGAUUUCCGAUGUGCUAUCGCGAUUCUACAAAAUGCGCGGGCAUGAUGUUCUACACCCAAUGGGGUGGGACGCGUUUGGAUUGCCGGCGGAAAAUGCGGCGAUUGAGAGGGGAGUUGAUCCGGCGGAGUGGACGGAGCAGAAUAUCGCGAAGAUGAAGGAGCAGCUGCGGAGAAUCUCUGCUUCAUUUGACUGGGAUAGGGAGCUGGCCACCUGUUCUCCAGAAUUCUACGAACAAACGCAGCGAAUUUUCUUGAUGCUCUACGAGAAGGGCCUGGCAUACCAAGCUGAAGCGCUUGUUAACUACGAUCCUGUUGACAAGACAGUUCUGGCGAAUGAACAGGUCGAUGCCAAUGGUUUCUCGUGGCGGUCUGGUGCCAAGGUGGAGAAAUUGAAUCUCAAACAAUGGUUUUUCCGAAUCACGGAAUUCAAGGAGAUGCUAUUGAAGGAUCUUGAUUCUCUUGCUGGCGGCUGGCCUGAGCGCGUGCUGUCAAUGCAACGGAACUGGCUGGGAAAGUCCCUAGGAGCUAAGGUUACCUUUCCGGUUACCAUCCAUGGUGACAAGGAAGUCAAUGUGUUCGUCUUCACGACGCGACCAGACACAUUGUAUGGUGUUGAAUACCUCGCCCUGUCGCUAAACCACCCUAUCGUGUUAGAGGCGGCCGAGAAAGACCCUUCUCUCCGGAAGUUCCUGGAUGAAGCAUCGUCGCUUCCGCCGGACUCCAAAACUGGCUACAUCCUCAAGGGUGUUGAGGCAUCUCAUCCUCUGCGGAAAAUUGACAAGGAGAGUCCUCAUUUGCAAAGGAAGUUACCAAUCUUCGCGGCACCAUAUGUGCUCAGUGACUAUGGUGAGGGUGCAGUGAUGGCUGUUCCUGGUCACGAUGCUAGGGACAUGUCUUUCUUCAAGGAGAACAUGAACCCCGACUCCGUUCCCAUUGUUAUUCAAUCAGAGCCGUCGAAGUUGCAAGGCAGUGAUCCAGCAGACUCGGUUAUUCCUGCACGUGACGCAACGGCCUUUACUCAGGAAGGUUUUCUCACCUCACGUUGCUGGAAGUAUCAAGGCCUGUCGUCCAAAGAGGCAGCAAAGCAGAUUGUCACCGACCUUAAGCAAGUGGGUCAGGCUGAGUUCCAGGAGACCUGGCGGUUGAGGGAUUGGUUGAUCAGUCGGCAACGGUAUUGGGGUGCACCUAUUCCAAUUAUUCACUGCGGCGACUGUGGCCCUGUCCCUGUUCCAGCAAAGGAUCUGCCCGUGAAGCUACCAAAGAUCGGCGGAGAAUGGCUGAAAGGCAAAAAAGGAAAUCCCCUGGAGUUCUCCGAGAAAUUCCUCCACACCAACUGCCCCAGUUGUGGAGGCUCAGCGAAACGUGAUACCGAUACCAUGGACACAUUUGUAGAUUCAUCCUGGUACUAUCUGCGCUUCUUGGACCCGAAGAACAAGGAGUCUCCUUUCUCGCCGGCUCUCGCACGCCCUGUGGAUGUCUACAUUGGUGGUGUCGAACACGCCAUUCUACAUUUGCUUUAUGCUCGGUUCAUCUACAAGUUCCUUGCUCGGUCUGAACUGUUCCCCGCAAUUUCUCAUGUUGAGAACCUGUCAGAACCUGCAGAACCCUUCAAGAUUCUUCUUUCUCAGGGCAUGGUGCACGGUAAGACUUUCACCGAGCCCUCUACCGGUCGAUUUUUGCACCCGUCCGCGGUGGAUAUCUCUAGUCCGGAUAAGCCCUUGAUCAAGGGCACUGAUAUCGCUCCUAACAUCUCUUUCGAGAAGAUGUCUAAGAGCAAACACAAUGGUGUUGAUCCAACAGAUUGCGCAAUUAAAUACGGAGCGGACGCUACCCGUGCACAGAUUCUAUUCUCCGCACCCGUCAGUGAAGUAUUGGAGUGGGACGAGGCCAAGAUUGUUGGUGUUGAGCGCUGGUUCGGUCGACUGUGGAAGUUUGUCAUCGAUACCCAGGAAACACUGGACAGCUCAUCUUUUGCCGUCUCCAUUGCUGAUUUAGAUGCAUCUCACGGUCACGCAGCUUCUCUCCCCUCUUCGCUAGAGGAAUUCAGUGAUUCUGACGCGGAUGCGAUCUUGGCAGCUCACAACACCAUAUCCUCGGUGACUUCCUGCAUCGAGAGCAAUCCUUACGGCCUCAACACAGUUAUCUCCGACUUGACAAAACUGACCAAUGCCCUCAUAUCGUCACCUCCCUCCUCACCACUUGCCCUCUACCUCUCCGUUUCCACUCUCCUCCGCCUCCUCUCACCAAUCGCCCCAGCACUAGCAUCCGAGUCAUGGGAAAUGCUGCACAAACCCCUCAUUCAAAAGGCCGACCCGACAGCCAAUGUACCUUCCAUCCAGGCCUCCUCCUGGCCUACGCCUCUUCUCUCUUCCCAGCAAGCCGAUGUCCUCUCUGCUCGCGGUGGCCAGACCGUUGCUAUCCAGAUCAAUGGAAAGAUGCGGUGUGUUAUUACUAUCCCGCGCAUGCUUUCCCCAACAACCUCCCCUCCCAAGGGGAAGAACUCUGGCCCGACGCAAGAGGAACAGGAGUGGAUAAUCAGCCGCGUGCUGGAAACCACCGAAGGCAAGCACUGGCUUCGAGAGAAGAACGAUUGGGAAAAGCGACGACGGGUGAUCGUCGUCAAGGGUGGUAAACUUGUGAACGUUGUAUUCUAA